UUGGUGAGUGCCCCUAGAAGGCAAGAACCUCCCUGUCACAACCUUGCUGUAUUAUAAAACACCAUCUGUUUGUUGUCAGACUUAUUAACUUGUCUUACGUACUUUCUGUUGUCUUGUUUCUAUGUCAAAUGAAUCCACUCCAAAUUCCUAGAUCCUUCCCUGUUCCUGUUAAUUCAGGAUUGGUUUAUGAAGAAGAGAGUUGUGAUGACGACGACGAUAAUGAUAGUGACAAUGUUGGGUUGCUGGAGACUCAGCCAGAUUCAAUUGAAAGUGAAGCUUUAACAUGUCCGGCCGAGGAGCUUGAUUUGCUUCAAGAAGGUAGCAAAGAAAGAAUGUUCUUCUUCCAGUUCCCAAAAUCUCUUCCUUUACCCAAAAGGUCGUCCAGUGCCGGCAAGGAGGUGAUGGAAGGAUCCAACCUGCAGCAGCUGCCUCAGGGUUAUUUGGGCAAAAAGGCCGUGAACCUAUCACAAGUCGCGGACAACACUGGCCCUUUCUUGUGCAUCCAAUAUACUCUAAGCAUUAUGGGACCCCCGUCCGAUGGUAAACCCACGCCGAGCAACGUCUCGAACAAGAAGAUGAAGCACGGUGGCAAGGUGUUGUUCUUGGAUGGCGCCGGGGAGGUCGCCGUCACCCUCAGUCGCAACUCGCAACAGCCUCUCUCCACAGCCCCUCCACCCGAGCCAAAAUUACCAACAAGAUGA